CUACUUCCACACUGUAAUGGUGUGUUUUGAGCCUUCUGUCUCCUUGUUCUUAAAUUUGCUUUCUGUCAACGUCUCUUUCCAGCCACAUUUUACUUUGGUCUGGUUCCAAAGUUUAUUUUUGCUCUUGCAUUGUUGGCUGGGGGACAGAGUUCAACUCUUUCCUUUCCCACUUGUUCUUUCUCUCUUUGUGUGUCUCUCUUUCUCAAUCUUUCCCGUGUGACUGUGUCCUUACAAAACUCAGAGCUAGCACACAGCCUGUGGAACUUCAUCGCAAGGUCGGUGGUGCUAAGUGAGGGGCCGUGUAAAAGAGGGUUGUAGAGAAGAACCCACUGUGCAGUGAGUGUGUGUGUGGUGUGUGAGUGAGUGAGUGUGUGUGUGUGUGAGUGGACAGGGCUGUCAGUCAUGGGUUUGCUGGCGUGGAUAAAGAGCCUGUUCAUCCUACACCUCUUGAUUGGUUUUGUGUUUGUGGUGAGCGGCCUCAUCAUCAACUUCAUACAGCUCUGCACCUGCGUGCUAUGGCCCAUCGACAAACAACUCUACCGAAGGAUCAACACCAGACUCUCCUACUCGUUAUGGAGCCAGUUGGUGAUGUUGCUGGAGUGGUGGUCUGACACAGACUGUGUGCUGUACACAGAUCAGGCCACAGUUGAUAAGUUCGGUAAGGAGCACGUGAUCAUCAUUCUCAACCACAACUUUGAGAUCGACUUCCUGUGUGGCUGGACCAUUUGUGAAAGAUACGGCGUGUUGGGGAGCUCUAAGGUUUUGGCUAAACAUGAACUGCUGAAAGUGCCUCUGAUUGGCUGGACGUGGUACUUCCUGGAAAUCGUUUUUUGCAAGAGGAAGUGGGAGGAAGACAGGGACACUGUUUUCAAAGGACUAAACAGUCUCAAAGAUUACCCAGAAUACAUGUGGUUCCUGUUGUACUGUGAAGGAACGAGGUUUACCGAAAAGAAACAUCAGAUAAGCAUGCAGGUUGCAGAGUCGAAAGGACUCCCCAAACUCAAAUAUCACCUGCUGCCCCGCACCAAAGGAUUUACCACUACACUGCAUUGCCUGAAGGGAACAGUGAAAGCUGUGUAUGAUGUUACACUGAACUUCAAAGACAAACAGAACCCAACCCUGCUGGGCGUUCUUAAUGGGAAGAAAUACACAGCAGACUUGAGCGUCAGACGCUUCCCUGUGGAGGAGAUCCCAGAUGAUGAAAAGGAGUGCGCUCAAUGGUUACACAAGCUCUACCAAGAGAAGGAUGCAUUACAAGAAUAUUAUGAGAAGGAGGGAUGUUACCCAGGAACCUCUAUUAAACCAAAACGUCGACUUUGGACGCUGCUGAACUUCCUGUUGUGGGCGACGCUUCUGCUGUCUCCGCUUAUUAAUUUUGCUUGGGAUGUGUUUGUCAGCGGCUCCCCCCUCCUCAUCAUCGGCUUCAUGAUCUUUCUCAUUGUCGCUUCUUUAGCAGUCCGUCGGCUCAUCGGAGUGACUGAAGUUAACAAAACGGGCUCCAGCUACGGCAACGUGGAGGCUAAGAAAGAAAACUGAAAGCGUCGACACUGUGUGACCACUGUACCGUUUACCCUGCACUCCAGCCUUGAGCACUGAGCUGCCCCGUGUGCAGUUAUCCCUAUUUUUACAUAAUAUAAAAUGAAUGAAACCGUAAAAUCUCUUCAAUGCAGCAUUGGGGAUAUAGAUGUGUAACUCUAGAUACAACUUAUGAUGCUAAUGUAAAAACGCCAUGAAUAAUAUCAUUUUUAUCAGCUAACUACAUGUGUGAGAUGAAAACGAAAUGUUUAUUUGAUGCAGGUUAAAGGCGAGAUCUUUCCAAGCUUAGAAAUAAAAUGAAGCUGAGUGAUACAGAUCACCUUUUCUUAGCUCCGCCCCUUUCACUGUGCACCUCUCCAGUAAGGGACCACACGUAGGUGCAUGGUCUUGCAUUUUCUCAAAUAAGUCAUUUUCAAGCCCACUUUCUUUUUAUUUUAACAAUCAAACUUUUACGUUACAAGCCAACAAGGCAUUGUGAAUGAGAAGACCUCCCUACCCAGGGCAGCCAGCCAAUCAGAGAUGAGGUGGUCACAGGUAGACCCUUUUAGGAGGUCUUAUGCUGCUAAGACAUUGGUACAGCAAUAUAUAUGUGUAUGCAUAUGGGUUAAGCAGGGUUUAGUAGCAUGUCUAGUAAUCUAUAACAUUUCUCCCCCUUUAAAACAUUUCUCAUAAUGGUGUCUUCAUCAUUGUACUUGAACAAGGAGUAUGUGUUUUAAGGGUAUAUGUACUCUCUUCACCUUUAUCUCUUUAUCUUUAUUUAAGGUAGCUUUGUCUACCAUGAUACUCGCCCUCAUGUGUAACUUAAAAAUCUAUAGGGCUAAAGAGUUAAGAAAAGCUGAAUGACCAAGAAAACAAUAAACGCAAAGAUUGUGAAACUUUUUAGUGUGAUAACUUAUGACUUGAGUUGUAAAUAAACUAGAAAAUUCUUCUGGACUUCAAGGGGUUUCUGGUAACUUGUUUCCUAAUAGCACUGAACAAUCCCAAAAUCUUGCUUUGGGUGUAUGUGAGUGUCAUUUGUGCAUAUGAGCACAUAAUGAUCAGUGUAAAACAAAUCCAUUAGGCUUUUAACAUUGUUUCUGUUUUUAAAGUUGUCUGCUAUUGUACAAUUUUAACAAAACCGCUUGUUGUUUAAUCGCAUAGUAAUCGAAUAACACCAGAUGUUUGCAAGCCUUAAAAUGACAGAAAAGUGCAGCUUUAUUCGGUGUUCGUAUAGCGUGAGCCCCUUUUACCUUGCAACAGUCCAGCGUGGUUGGGAUUUGUGUGAAUUACGCAGCUCAGGGCAGUUUGGCUGACUCGCAGCUAAAGUCAUGGUGGUGUAUGCCGACUAUGGUACUGUAAAAGUGUGCGCGUUUGAUAUACAAGUAAUUGCACAGAAAAACUGUGUGUGAUACGCUUGUGAAAUAUAUAAGAUGUAGGUAACAUAUAGUGUUAAAGACCAAAGUUAAUAAAACUAAAAUAUGGGAAUGCCGCUUUGAGUUUUACCUUACCCCAUUUGGGAGUAAAUAUGCCCAUGUGAAUUUUAUUUUUUAACAUUUUUAGAGCGACUGAUUUGAUUUGUUUUGGCUGAAAUAUGCUUUAAUUACAGGAAAUGUUUUUGUGUAUUUUGGUUAUACGUUCAUAAAGCAGAUUCACUGCACGAAUCAGUAAGUUUGCUGAUUUGGGAUCAGGUUUGCAGCUAAUGCGGGUAUGGACAGGGAAAGAGUCUGAGCCCAGGUCAGCUGUUGUGUGACACCAGGUUUUCCUCUGCUUCUACUAAACAUUGCUACUGUAUACAAAUUGAUGGGACACCACUAGUUCAUGGUGAGAUUUGGGACCGACACAAAAUAUCAAGAAGUGCUUGCUAAUUUGAGUUUGGUCCCUUGUGUUUUAACAAAUUUUAGAGGGGUGUGAACAAAGGCAACGUAGUUCUUGAAGCUUAGUCUGUUUAAAUCUCACAACUUUUUGUAUUCUCUUCAGAUCAAUUAAAGCAUUCACUAUAUGAAUAAAA